AUGGCUCCAGCUGCUGCAGGUGAGAGGACAUUGAAGGAGACACCAACAUGGGCUGUUGCCCUUGUUUGUGCCGUUUUCGUGAUCAUUUCAAUUCUUAUUGAGCAGGGGAUUCAUUCUCUUGGAAAGUGGUUUCAGAAGCGGCACAAGAAGGCCAUGAGUGAGGCUUUAGAGAAGAUUAAGGCUGAGUUGAUGCUACUAGGCUUCAUAUCUCUGCUAAUAACGUUUGGGCAACAGCACAUUGCGAAGAUAUGUAUCCCUGAGAAAGCGGGCAACAUCAUGCUUCCAUGUAAAAAGGAGUACUACCCCAAGGAAGAAGAUGACGGAAAAGAAGAGAAUGGUGAUGGUGACAGGAGAAAGCUAUUGGGGUAUGCCGGAGAUGUUGUAUGGCGACGGGUACUUGCGCCAGCCGGUGGUGGAAGUGAUCACUGUUCCGAACAUAACAAAGUAGCGUUGAUCUCACAGUCCGGGGUACACCAACUCCACAUAUUCAUAUUUGUGCUUGCGGUCUUUCAUGUUCUCUAUAGUGUUAUUACCAUGGCUCUGGCAAAGGCCAAAGUGAAGAAAUGGAAAGCGUGGGAACAGGAGACCACAUCUCUAGAAUAUCAAUUUACCAAUGAUCCCUCUAGAUUUAGGUUUGCUCGUCAAACCUCUUUUGUUCGGCGGCAUAGCGGCUUCUCAACAACACCUGGUAUCAGAUGGAUUGUGGCAUUUUUUAGGCAAUUCUUUCGUUCGGUAACGAAGGUUGACUAUCUGACCAUGCGUCACGGAUUUAUCAACGCCCACCUCGCACCAAAUAGCAAAUUUAACUUUCAUAAGUACAUCAAGAGAUCAAUGGAAGAUGAUUUUAAGGUGGUCGUCGGUAUUAGUUUACCAUUAUGGAUAUGCUGUAUCCUCUUUCAGCUCUUAAACGUGUAUAAAUGGUACACGCUUUCGGUGAUAUCAUUCAUACCGCUAGUGAUACUUCUAAUGGUUGGAACAAAGCUUGAAGUUAUAAUCAUGGAAAUGGCUCAAGAAAUACAAGAUCGAACAACUGUGGUGAAAGGAGCUCCCGUGGUAGAGCCUAGUAACAAAUAUUUCUGGUUCAAUCGACCCGACUGGAUUCUUUUCUUGAUACAUUUUACCUUGUUUCAGAAUGCGUUCCAAAUGGCUUAUUUUCUGUGGAUUUGGUACGAGUUCAAGUUGUCGUCCUGCUUCCAUGAAAAUUUGGCCGAAGUCUUGAUAAGGGUUUUCCUUGGUGUAGCCCUUCUGGUAUUAUGUAGCUAUAUCACCUUCCCUCUCUAUGCCUUGGUGACUCAAAUGGGAUCUCACAUGAAAAAGGCAAUAUUUGAAGAGCAAACAGCGAAAGCUCUAAAGAAAUGGCAGAAUGCUGCAAGGGAGAGGAAGAAGUUGAGGAAGAGUGGGGCAGAUGUUUCCUCUACGUUCAUGAGUGGAGAAAAUACUCCAAGUCAUGGCUCAUCACCCAUACACUUACUCCACAAGUAUAAAACCAAUUCUGCGGAUAUUGAAAGUAGUCCUGAUCAUCUCGGCUCUCCUAGGGCUUACCAUUCUGAAACCGAACUCUCAGAGAUUGAAGGUCCUACACGUCUUUCUAGUGACGAUAUUCAUGAACCAAGAAGACAUAACAAUCCCGGAAUAAAUCAUGUUGAAGCUCAUAAUUAUGGUGAUUUCUCGUUUGUUAAGCCCUAG